CAGUGAAGGAAGGAAGAAAAAGGGGGAGAAAGAAUGGUAGAAGAUAUCAUUUAUGCUGACUUGAACUUACCUGAAUCAGCCAGACCCAGAGUACAGCAGGUCACUGAUUUCCAAGGUUCUACAUACACAGAAGUGAAACUAAAUUCCCGAGACACAAAUGCUGCAACAGGACACACAUCAGCUGGUAGAAGCUGUUCCAGAAAACAUGUUGUUGUAGUGGUUGCUUUAUUGAUUGUGAUAAUCCUCCUACUGGUCCUGGCUGGGUGUCUGGUACACAUAUAUCAUCCAACUGCAAGCAGCCCACAGGACUCAAAAACAUUGCCCCAAGUCCCUGAAGAGGCACUAGCCUGCCCCAAACAAUGGGAAAAACAUGGGAGAAAAUGUUACUUCUUUUCUCCAAAUACACAAAAGGACUGGAAUGCCUCCCGUAAACAAUGUACUGCCAUGGGUUCAGACCUGGUGAUCAUUGACAACAAGGAAGAACUGCACUACCUCACUGAACAAUCAAGACACAAUUACUACUUACUUGGUCUCACAUACUCUGAGAGAGAGCAGAAGUGGAAGUGGAUUAACAACAUGGAACAUGACCCAGCCCUGUUUAAUAUAAGUGGACCUCAUGGUGACUAUCUCUGCACAGUCAUUGGAUUUAGGGAAGUACACACUGCACCUUGCAAGGGAGUCAAAUCAACACAAAAUAUGUGUGAAAAAUCUGCAACUCUUUCAGAAAAGCUGCAACGAAAGCUAGACGGAGAGUUAAAAAGAAGAGUUCCAGGCAUGAAUGUUAUCCCUAGCUUCCUGUAGGAAAUGUGGAUGGGAUUUUAGUCAUUCAUUUUUAGCUGCCCUUGUCUGGGUUUUUAACAACCAGUUUUGUCCAGAGGAAGGUUUAUACACAUACACAUGUGACUUUGUCCUGUCAGUCAUAUUUGUGGGACAGGGCAGGAGCCAAACUAGGUAUCUGUGUUCACCUGAACUUGUGGUUGCAGGGCAGAGCAGGGCAUGGCAGGUCUGGGAAUGACAUAUGACAUAAAAAUCCAACAUUUUUGGUUUUUUGGAAACAUAUUUUUGCUCUCAGUUUCCAGUUUGGCAAAUCAACAUGUUUUGCUUGAAAAAGUAACCUUAUGGCAAAAAUAUCUCAAUGGGGUCACUGAAUGAAAAUCCAACUGCAGAUUAAGGCAGUUUGGUGAUAGUUAGAAAUAAAAACACUGAAAGGUAAAUCUCACUUCUUGUGUCACCCACACACUGGAUUUAUCUGCUAGAGGGGGAGACCAUGAAGAAGUUUAAAACCAGCCAAGGUGUUUUACUCUGGAGGGAACUGCUGUUGAGUUUUGGAGAGGGAGGCUGUAAAGAAAUGAGUUCUAAAGGACAUUAAGUCAAGGCAAAAGCUUUAGAUUGUGGGAGAAACUACUGAGGAAAACAGCAUUUCACAUUUUCAAACAGAAAAAGAAGAAACAAACAAGUAUGGCAAAGUGCCAGCUUUCAAGGAAACGUGAGUCCCACAGACCUCUUUUAAACACAGGAAUAUGUUCUGCAGGAAGGAGUGUGAAUUGUAAAAUAUUAUCCAAAGGGACAAUUAUGAUGACUGGGACAAAAUCUGAAAGUCAAAAAGCUAGAUACAUAUUUAAAAAAAUUAUUUCAACUGUUCAGGAAUAGUCUGAGAGAGAAAACUGCAUUUACAAAAGACAUUAUUUGUAGUUUUUAAGAGAAAGAUGAGGCUUGAUAAGAAAUUAUUUUCUCUACAGUGGGUUUCAACACAUCUUAUUUUUUUUGUAAAUAAAAUACAAACAGAAAUUUAUAUAUCAACAAAGCUAAUGUUGGACUAAAAAAUAACACAGGACCAAAACCUUUGUCAUAUUCUUAAAAUUCUUAGGAAUUCAUAU